GAUAUCCGGACUGCGGAACCAGCGGCGGCCCACAGAGAGAGCCUCGCAGACCGAGAAAGACACGGUGGACUCCAUUACUGUUCCGAGUGCGUUUCUCGCCGGACUUGGUGUUCCGCCGUUAUUGCGUGUCUGCUCGUGUACGGUUAACGAAGUUGAGUCUUCUCUCUCUUCCCGGCCCGAACAGCGAGCCGUUUUAAUUUAGCACGAGCUUACCGACCGAUCAACCGACGUAUCCCUGGAGCUUUUGUGAUUAAAUACACUUCUUGUUGUCCAGUGUGCGGGAUAAACGCGUGUGUUAACGCGGGCUGAGCCUUCUCGUGCGUGACCGGAACGUGAAAAGGAACGAAAAAAGAGGACUCACAAGAUGGCUGAUCAACUCACAGAAGAACAAAUCGCAGAGUUUAAGGAGGCGUUCUCGCUCUUCGAUAAAGAUGGCGAUGGUACUAUAACCACCAAAGAAUUAGGCACGGUAAUGCGGUCCCUUGGUCAAAAUCCCACAGAAGCCGAACUACAGGACAUGAUUAACGAAGUAGAUGCAGAUGGUAAUGGCACAAUCGACUUCCCGGAGUUCUUGACCAUGAUGGCGCGUAAAAUGAAGGACACGGAUAGUGAGGAAGAGAUUAGAGAGGCCUUCAGAGUGUUCGAUAAGGAUGGAAAUGGUUUCAUAUCCGCGGCAGAACUUAGACACGUCAUGACAAAUCUGGGCGAGAAACUCACUGAUGAGGAAGUAGAUGAAAUGAUACGGGAGGCCGAUAUCGACGGCGACGGCCAAGUUAAUUAUGAAGAAUUCGUCACAAUGAUGACAUCAAAGUGAAUGCAACCUGUGUAACGGAAGAACUCGCGACUCGGAGUGGUGUUGACGUAUUAAAUAAUUCAAGAAACAGAGAAAAAACAUAUGUAACAAAACGAGAAUCAAUCAGAAAGUGACAAAUCUUGUAUCAGGAUAUGAAGAUGUCUCUAUAAAAGCGCGAAGAGUCAACGUCCGAUACCGCGUUAAAAAAAAAUCAUCGUUUAACGAUAAGUAAUACAGGGCAAUUAAUUGUUUAAUUAAAGAGUUAUACCACUAAAAUCAUUAUCUCUCAAAACACAAAUAUUUACGCGUGUAUACAUACACAUACACACAUAACAAAUAACUCCGAUACACCGAUACACAUAACGAACGCAACACGCUCGAAGAGUACACGUACACACAUAUACACAUUCACUCGGAUGUCUUAUUUCCAUUGGAUAAAACAAGUUUGGAAGUGAGAUAACGCGAAGACACACAAUUGCGCGCGCAUGUGCACCAACGACAAGAAAAAAAAGUGCAUUUUCCACUUUCCUCUCUUUCUCGACUGCCCCUCCCCUUCCUCCCCUCUCUUCUUGUCACGCCCUUCAGCACCAUCGCCCUUCCCCUCCUUCUCUCUACGCCUCCAUCUAUCCUCCUUCAUUUCCCGGAAGUUUUUUCAUAAGAAUGGCAUGUCGAAGAAUUGUAAUUUCUCUUUACAAAGGGAGAGGAAAUGUGUGUUAAGGGACAAAGUAUAAAUCCGAUGUAAGAUAAUAUUAAAAGCAGCAAAGGUUUAUUUGCCAAUCGAGAGAAAGAUUCAUCUCGAGAAUUCCUUCGUUCAUUUUUUUUAAUAAACGAGAUACGUGUAUAGUGAAUGAUGACAUUAGGAUAUGUAGCUGCUAAAUAGAUGAUGAUGUCUCUACCGUUAAAAAUGCAUGCACAUGUACAAAUGUUUGUUUGUCUCUGUGAGAGAGAAUUCGGCCUGGACCGAUCGUUUUCGAGACAGAGAGAAAGAGAGAGAGAGAGAGAGAGAGAGUAUAAAUACGAUGCGCUUCGGCCUCUGGGUUAUUGAUGACGACUUUAAAUGCAAAAGCUGUGCUGGACCCCUCGAUGCCUCACGAAUAACUUAAUUUAUAUAAGUAACGAGCGAGAAAAUUUAUAAAAAAAAAAAGAGAUGAAAGAGCGAGAUGAGAUAAUGGGAAGAAAGAAUUGGAGGAGAAGCUUCGAGGAGCUCAGACCUAGUGCUUUCGCGCGCGUCGCGUCUCGCGAGACGGGAUAUGAUCUGUCGUGUGGUUGACGUCGCGCGAACGCGGACGAGUCGCGACGCGAUCGAUGGAAAGCUCCAGGAUCCGAAGUCUCGACAUUCCUAUUUGAAAAAAAAAAAAAAUAAAAAUAAAAAAGAAAAGUCUCUUCCUUACGCUUUGAAUCAACAUCAUCCAGCCUCUCGUGCUCGUGCACACGGGACUCACACGUACACGUAACGUUUUACGAACUAUACUUACGCGAGAAACUAUACACACGAAAGAUUAUACACACAGAGCAAAAAGAAAAAAAAGAGAAACACUAUAAUACUAUAUUCACGAAGUGCGUUUUGCCUCCAGUUCCAUUUUAAUCUCCUAUUUGUAAACUUGCCUUCCACUCUAAGGGAAAGCCUUACAUACAUGCGCGCAAAAAAGAUUUAAAAAA